CUCUCCUUGUCGCUGGAGCCAUUGCUGAUGGACGUCAGCAUCAGAGGCAAAAUCGAAGGUUCCGUGGAUCAAGACAAUUUGGCCGUGGGGGGCGUGCAUUCCGUCGAGGCCGUCAAGACGCAGCUGCACCCGUGUCUUCAUAUGGGGCCGCCUCAGCUCCUCUUCCCCCUCUUGACAAUGCCCCUAUCGAUGAUUAUGCUAUUGAUGAUUAUGCCACCACUGGAGAUUAUGAUUAUGAGACCCCAAUCCCACCACUGGCCCCGGUAGCUCCCGUGGCCCCCCUUGGUCAGUACUCGAGCAACGGCGGUGCCAAUGGAGUCACAAAUGGCGGAGCAUUUGGAGACGAUGCCUUAGCAGGAAUUAGCGAUAGUAAUUUGGCCAUGCUGGAAAAGGCUGUUCCUGGUGUUCCAGGACAAGAUUAUCCCAUCUAUGCUUCGGUCCCAGAAACGCCUUUCACUUGUGACGGCCAAGUCGAGGGAGGUUAUUACGCUGAUCCUGCCACCCAAUGUCAAGUGUUCCAUAUUUGUACUGCUGAUGGCUUUGGGGGUCUGGCCAAGUACUCUUUUCUGUGCCCAAAUGGAACGACCUUCAACCAAAACUAUUUCAUUUGUGAUUGGUGGUUUAACUUUGAUUGUGCCGAGGCCGAGGCCCUUUACUCCAGGAACGACGAGAUCCGAGCAGAACAAGAGGCCAACAUCGGAGCCGUGGGUGCUGGCGACUCUGGCUCUGCGGGUACUGGCAAUACUGGAGGUGACUUUGAUGACUCAGUUGCUUAUGACGACUCAAUUGCUUAUGACGACUAUGAUUUGGGUGUGACCGAGUCUGCUCUGAACUCGUACGGUGUGGCCAACACUGAGGCUGUGCCCGUUUUCCAAGACAACAGCCUUUCACCCGCUUUGGGAUCUUACGGUUCUCCUGCUGCUGCCGCUGAAGAAGAACGAGCUGCCCGAAGGUUUCGGGGCGGACGACGGGGUCGUGUCAAUCAGGGCCGUUCUCGAUCUGGUCGAAGAUUCAGUGGCCAAAGGCGAAACAAACAAAGGCAAUCGGGGCGCCGUCAAGGCCGUCAAGGUCGGCGCUUCAGUGGGUAGAUAAUGCUCAAUCGCCCCCUCAUCAGUGCUUAACAACGCGAACAUACGAAUGAACCGGAUUCUGACCCCAAGACUGUGCUCGGUCAUUGAUUGCCCUGAUCUUCAAUACUAUUGUGAUAUUUUCGACUCACUGUCCUCUUCCCUACCAGCUCCGAAUCCCCCAACCCCCGUGCAACAUUGAAACUCAAUCUGGAUCGAGGAUUGCUUCUCGAAUUGCUCAUAACCCCAUUUGACAGACAAAUGUGCCUUGUGUAAAGUGUUUGACCUCAAUUGAUUUGAGGAUUACCAAGGUGCUCAAAAAUGCAUUUAGACGGCCGCUAUUCACUCCAUUUCUAGUGCUUUCGGUGAAGUGUUUCACACAGAGAUUGCUAAUCUACAAUCUACGCAAUGUCUUCAAUAUUCAUGCUUUAUGAAAUGUCAUGUUCGUUAGAUGUGUUCAGUUUAUCUAAUAUUUAAGUCUGGUUGCAGUGAUUGUCUUUUUGAAAUACAUGUUUAUGACGCAACAAAAACAAAUAUCUUGUGGGAUGCAGUUCCCAUGUGUGACCCAUCUAAGUUAGACUUGAUUGCUGAAUGGCCCUAAAGUUGUGUUCUUUCACUUUUGUAGUACAAUUGAGGGGGUUAGAAUUCCUUUUUUGCUUUCUUCCGGGAUGAGUUUCAGUUUAGUCAUUGAUGAGUUCAAGCGAAUUGUCAUCAUCAUCAUUU